AUGGCCAGUACGUUACCGUCGUACUUCAAAAAUCUGUCCCUGCUGAGUGCUCAAGCCAAAAGAGCCACAGCCAACACCAGUACCAGCAGUCAAGCACCUGGAAUUGACGUCCAGCAGCUGCUGACAAUGCACACCGCAACUCAGCAACAAACACAGCAGUUGCUGUCAGCCAUUGGGAAGCACACCAGCACGGUUGGCCAGCUGGCGGCCAACUCGACACAGCCUGCACAGAGUGCUCAUGGAUCUGUGAAAUUGCCCGUGCUCACAAUCAGGAAGUUUGAUGGUGACAUACUUCAUUUCACUGAGUUCAUUGACAUGUUUCAAUCUGCGAUCGGUACAAAUCAAAGCCUGUCUGCCGUACAGAAACUGUCGUAUUUGAGAAGUCAUUUGACAGGCAUGGCCCUGGAUGUUAUUGCCGGUAUUCCCACCACCGAUUCAAAUUACCCCGUGGCGUUAGGAUUAUUGAAGGAUCGCUUUGGCAAGAAGGAUGCCAUCAUCGCAGCCCGAUACCGCGCAAUUACCGAAAUGCCAGCGCCAUCAAAUAAACCUCACAUGUUGCGGAGAUUUUACAACGAGGUGGAGGCUAAUUUGCGCUGUUUGCAAGCGGAAGGUCAAAGUGUGCAACAGGAACUGCUGAUUCCUGUCAUCACUUCCAAGUUACCAAAGUGCGUCAUCGUACAACUUGAGACACAGAAACCCCACAAUCAGAGUUGGACUGUUGAUGAGCUGCGGAAACAGCUGGGAAUCUACCUGGAGGUCCGUGAAUCGGCCGAGCGACUGGCAGGAGACACAGCCAGCAAACCAGAGAGCACUCUGCCACGACCACCGCCUGUUUCCGCACAGCCUCAUGCUGCCUACUCCCAACCUCCGGCCACGGCAGCCACGUUAGUUAGCUCUGUGCGGCGCGCCACUCCGAGAUGCUUCUUCUGCAAGUUGCAACACUUCUCGGACACCUGCCCAACGUUCAACACGGUUUCUACCAGACAGCAGCAGCUACAAGACCACUGCUUUGUAUGCUUACGGAAGGGACAUUGGGCAAAGGACUGUACUGCUAGAAGACCCUGCUAUCACUGCAAUCUGUUGACCCAUCACCGUGCCCUGUGCCCUCAGAAAUUUGGCUCAUCACCAGUGUCAGCUGCCGCAAGUACCUUCUAUCCUACUCAGCAGCAGCAAGGGCCACAGAAACAUACUACCGCUACGGUGCACGUCCAGUCCAAAGGUGUGAAUCUCCCAACCGCCAUCGCAACUGUCGCCGGGCAAGGCAACAUCUCAGACUGCCGACUGUUGUUUGACACCGGCUCAACUCGCACAUUUAUUCAUGAAUCGUUAGCUGCCUCUGUCAACGCAGCUGUUGUCGGUGAAGACGUGUUGUCCAUCGCUAGUUUUGGAUCUGCGUCCCGGCGAACGGUCACCCUGCCGAGAGUGGAGUUUUCCCUCCUAUGUCGAGAUGGAUCAGCCUUGCCCGUAACCGCCAAUGUUAUGCCGUGGAUUUGUUGUCCUGUUGUCAAAUCCCCAAUCGACAUCGACCAGUACCCUGAAGUCAAGAACAUCCAACUAGCUGACACCAUUGUCACCAAGCGUGAAGAGGUAGAAAUUGACCUCCUUAUCGGCACGGAUUUCUACUUCUCCAUCAUGGGUAACGGUCACAUCCAACUCAACAAUGGCCUGGUCUUGCUGAACUCCAAAUUGGGAUUUGUCCCAGCAGGCCCUACUGACACAGAGACAGAUGACACUGCGGGCCACAUAAUGCUCACAGAUGCUACCACCUUGCCAGACCCAGUAUUUGAUCUCCAACGUUUCUGGCGACUUGAAGAUAUUGGUAUCACCGAUGACAUCAGUGAUCCGCAGACAGCGGACGACAUUACCCUGGAACACUUUCGCAGCUCCUUGCAACUGAUCAACGGCCGAUAUAUGGUAUCUUGGCCAUGGAAAGAUAGCCAUACUCCACAACCUAAUCUACCAGAGAACUACGAGCUCGCCUUCGGCCGUCUCAAAUCCUUAGUCAAACGACUCCAGCAGACACCACAAGUGCUAGAGAAGUAUCAUUGUACCAUCACAGAGCGGUUAGCCAAUGGCAUUAUCGAGGAAGUGAACCUUGAUCACCAGGAUGGGCCGAUUCACUACAUCCCCCACCACUGUGUUGUUCGCCCCAGCAGUACCACAACAAAGGUCCGUGUGGUAUAUGAUGCUUCCGCCAGAACUCGCGCAGAACACAACAGCCUGAACGACUGCCUGCACCGAGGUCCGAUACUUCUGCCGGAUCUGUGUGGUAUCCUGGUGAGAUUUCGGCUACACCCCAUUGGCAUUGUCAGCGAUGUUGAGAAGGCCUUCCUUCAGCUAGGUCUAUCUAUGACAGAUCGCAAUGUAACACGGUUCCUAUGGCUUCGCGAUCCUACAAAACCCGUCACCACAGCCAACCUAGUGAUCUACCGCUUUUGCCGAGUUCCAUUUGGCAUUGUCGCUAGCCCGUUUCUUCUUGCCGCCACAGUCGACCACCAUCUCCAACAGCAACAGACAGGGACAUGCGAUGAUGUACGUCGCAGUCAUGAUCUACGUUGA